AUGCUUCCAAUCCAAUCCAUCCUCAACCAUGGCACGACUCGCACAAGAUCCCCAUUCUCGCAACAAUCGGGCUCGGAGAUAUCAUCACCAUCAUCGGACUUGAACGACUCAAUGAUUCCUGAACUAAACCAGCAUCCUGUCCCCAGAAAAAAGAAGUCCCGGGACUCCAGCGACUUGACAUACACCAGGCCCCAAGGUGUUAUCAAGUACCCUCCCUUUGAAUCCCUUGACAGAGAGGCCUACAACCAGAUCCAAAGAUUUGCGAUCUAUCCGUUUGGCGAGAUUGGCCUGUACUGUGCCCACAUCCCCUACAGCAGCGACAAAAAGGACGUUUUCGAGAAGACAGGACGGGAGAGCUUCCAUGUUUUUGUUUACAGGUUCAACGAUCCGAGUGACAGCCGGGCGUACGAUGUGAUGUGGGACUACGUUGGUGGUUUCGUCCGCAUCAGCCCUUUCUUCAAAGUCUGCAGACACAAGAAGACCGGACCGGCCAAGAUGUUGGACUUAAACCCAGGACUGCGGGACGUGACGUUUCACAUGACGGGCGGGAACCGUGUGGCCCAAGGUUAUUGGGUUCCCUAUCAAUGCGCAAGAGCAGUCUGCGUAACAUUCUGCUACCCGAUAGCAGGCGCGUUGAUCCCCAUCUUUGGACCGACGUUCCCCGACGAGUGCGUUCGACCCGACUCCGCCUUCUUCAAUCGCAUGGUCAUUGAUGAGCAUCUGAUCCGCGAGGCCAGCCAUGAGAUUACCGCCUACCGCCAUUCCAGUCUCACCCUUACGAAGAGACCGCCGGCUCUGACUAGCUAUCCGCGUCAGGGGUAUCAACCCAUUAAACACUCUCGACAGAGAUCAGAGCACGAUCUGGUCAUCAACCCGUUUCUGGGAGCUGACUCUCGUAAACACCGUACGAGCGAAUCUAUUCAGCAUAGUCGAUCAGCCAGUGGCAGUAUGCCAUGGCCUGAUCAAUUUGGCACCGGGUUUGGUCCACCCCUGACUGACGAGAACCAUCUGCCUUCCAUCGGUUCCGAGACGGAGCAAGAUCUUCCAACCCAACCCAAUACGUUAUUUACACCCAUCCGACAACCCCAGACAGACCAAACUUCCACUUUGCCAACAACGCAGAAACGAGGCCGGACAGAAGACGAGCCUCGAUAUUGGCUUCGCCAACCUGAAAGUCAGGAGAGGCCUAAGCGAACCCGGCUUGAAACAGAGGAAGAUGUCCAAAGCAGAGUGCCCACAGCGCCUCGCAGCAAUGUCCAAAACGCAGUUCCGGUACUGCCAAGCCAUACACCUCUGGGAUCUUCUCUCGAGUCACGGCCUUGUGAUCAGACCCAGUUUGAUCCUCGGCUCACUCAGACUCAGUUCGAUCCUAGAUAUGCCAUCACUCUCGCGGACGGGAGGAAUUAUGCCUUUGGAGAGAUAGAGGCAGCAGUAGUUCUCAUGAACAUUGGCAAUUUGUGCAGAAACCAGGCCACGAGUUCAAACUCGACAGAGCCUCGUCCAAGAUACGGCUCCAGUUGA